GGGAAGCUCCUACUCUGGACCAGCUGGACUGUGUGUGUCCCCCCCCCGGGGCGGAAGAGAGGAGGCGCAGGGUGACACGCUGGAAAGCUAUUUAUUUUCCCUUUUGCGCCGGGAGAGCAGCUGCUGCCGCUCCUCACCGCGUCCCCGCAGGAUGCCGUUCCAGCAGGGCUCUGCCCGGACGCGGCAGCGCACCGUCCUUCUGGUGGGUAUCGUGGUCCUGCUGGUCGCCCUCGUCCUUGCCGUCGUGCUGGCCUCUGUCCUGACUCACGGAAAGCAGGAGGUCAGCCCCAAAAUGAUGAAGUGGAAGGACAGAGGGACCACUAAGAAUCUGCAAGAAGUCAUCCUGGGAAGAUGCUACAGCUACAUCAUGGCGCGGUACCCUGAGCUGGGAGAUAAGGAUUGCCUAAAAAUAUGGGAGUCGUUAAAACAUGCAUUUGUUUACAAGAACCCCUGUAAUAUUACGUCAGAAGAUUAUCAGCCUUUACUGGAGUUAGCGAGUCACCCUAUCCCCUGUAACAAGUCACUGUUUUGGAGCAAGACAAAUGACCUCGCUCAUCGUUACACAAAAUCCAAUCAAAAUUUCCUUACCUUGGAGGACACCUUGUUGGGUUAUAUGGCUGAUAGGGUUUCAUGGUGUGGAGACCCCUCUGCCCCAGGAAUCAACUACGAAUCUUGUCCAAAACGAAGUGAAUGUGAGAGCAACCCUAGCUCUGUAUUCUGGAAAAUGGCAUCCAAGAUGUUUGCAGAAGCAGCAUGUGGUGUGGUUCAAGUGAUGCUCAACGGAUCGAUAGAAGCUGGAGCUUUCAGAAGCAGCAGCAUUUUUGGAAGUAUUGAGAUCUUUAACCUAAAUCCAGAUAAAGUCUCUGCAGUACGCAUUUGGCUUAUGCAUGACAUCGGGGGACCUCAAAGUGAAUCCUGCUCAGGUCAUUCCAUAAAGAGGUUAAAAAGCAUUUUAGAGGAGCGAAACUUUACGAUCACCUGUGAAGACAAUUACAGACCAGUUCAGCUCCUUCAGUGUGUGCAUAACCCUGACCACGCGGACUGCAGGCCCUGCACCAACACCACGGCAACUCCAUGAAACGCAGUGCUCCGCACUAUUGAAGACUUUCAUUACUUGCGUGUAAAGCUGGAAAAGAUGUGGCUACGUAGCUUAGAGUGACAAAUAGUCGCAUGGUGUGUACAGAGUCCAUAACCAGAAACCCUUGCUGUGACACUAGCAGCCAAGGAGCAGGAGAUGGUGUUUUAGGUGUGAGAACUGUACACACACCCCCCUUCAAACAUACCAUUCCAGAGGGACCCGGGAGCAUGUUCAGUGGUUGAAGGCAGACGCUUUGCCCUGGUGUCCCUCCUGUACAGCUCCCCUUGUGUCCAGAGGGUCAGGGCAGGGAUUCCCUGGGCCUGCACCGAGAAGAAAGGGACUUUGCAGCAGAGGCAGAGCUUGCUUGGAUCAGGGAUCACCUUCCUCCCCGCUGGAAGGCUGGAUGGGGAAUGAGCAGAGCGUGCUACGCUCUUCUUGCAUCCCAGUGUGGCAUCCCCCAGAGGGGAACAUUGCAGAGUGGCACAUGGUAUAAAUCAUGUUUCUCCCAGGACUGUGGCACCUCUGAGCAGGUAAAGCAAGAGAUGGAAGAGGCAGAGCAGGUGUUACCUUUUAAUGGGCAUCACAGUUAGUGGCUGGUGGGGAAAUGGCUGAGCUGAGCCAAGAAAAGACCAGGAACCGCUCAGAGGGUUGCCAGCAUCUGUAUGGACGUGUCAAGUGUGUAGCUGGGGAGGUAGAAUAGCAAGAUGGACUCACACACCCCCAUUAAAAUCCUACUGGAAACACCACUGCAGUUCAGAUUACAUUUAAUUCUUAAUAUAGAAAUAAGUGUAAGCCUUCCAACUUUCAUAAAAGGUCCCUCAGGCCACAACUUGGCCAUUCACUGGAAUAGAGACAAACGUCAAAAGGUUGCCACAGUAAGGAGUCUCUCUUGACCUCCAUUUCUGAGGUGAAAGGUGAUGCCUUUACACGUUUGUAAUUCACAAGCAUGGACAUGCCGUAGUACACAGAAGCAGCAGGUUUCACUGAUUUCCUUUGAUUUCCAUUUUGCCAGUCUCAUAUGCAUAUUCAAGUGCAGUGUUUAUAACAAAAUAAAGAUCUGAGGCCGCUUGUGGCCUCCGCUGUAGUUGCCUUUGUGCAGUGCCACUGACACCAGGAGAGCAGAGCUGGUUUUGCCGCAGAUAUACUCCUAGGUGUUGCAGUGCCAGCGUUAUCAGCAAGUGCCAAUUCAUUAGGCAGACCAAGGUUUCCAUGGCCCCACAGGCAGAAGGUUACAAUGCUGUAGGUUUUAGUAGUGACUACCCGGAGUACGAAGCAUCCUUAUGGAACUACACAAGCUGGUGUAAUUUCAAGCAUCUCCAGAUGAACCUUUGCUCUGUAACGCAGAGGCCUGCACUGAGCGUAGCUGGACCACACCCAGGACCUCACCCAUAAUGUUUACAUUAAGUGAAACGUGUUUUUAUUUGCACUUUGUUCUGUAAGUACCUAGCAGACACACGCCAAUAAUUUCAAAUAGGUUAUUUCUGACUAUAUGUCAAGGAUAUGUCUUCAUGCUCGCUUUUGUACCUCUUCUUUUGUAAUAUAAAAUGUUGGCUGUAAAAUCGAGAGCUAUAAUAAAAUUGCU